AUGGGUUAUAAUGUUAUCAUUUUCAACUUUUUAGCUCUAUGUUUGCUUCAACAUUGCACUUGUGCACCUGUUAAAUCACUCAAUGCUUCUAUAUCCAGUUUUCAACCAGCAGUAGCAACAUUUUAUGGCCCUCCAACUGGAGCAGGAUCUGAAGGAGGAGCUUGUGGAUAUACAGAUGCUGUAUCAAAACCCCCUUUUAAUUCCUUUGUUUCUGCUGGAAAUGGGCCACUUUUCAAGAAAGGCUUGGGCUGUGGAGCUUGCUACCAGGUUUUAUGCAAACUAGCCCCUUGCACAGGAAGACCAGUAACCGUAACGAUUACAGAUGAAUGCCCUGGCUGUUCAGGCUCUAUUCAUUUUGAUUUAAGUGGAACCGCAAUGGGUGCUUUAGCUAAACCUGGUCAAGCUAACGCGUUACGUAAUAUAGGAAAUAUCCCAAUUUCUUACCAAAGGUACAACUGGAAAAUCGCGUUCAAGGUGGAUCAAGGUUCAAGCCCGAAUUUCUUAUCAGUAAAUGUUGAGUUUCAAAAUGGAGACGGUGAUCUUAGUUUAGUCGAAUUUUUACCAGCAAGGUCAAAUCAAGCGAUAAGAGCGAAUCAUGUAUUUGGUGCAACAUGGAGCAGUAAUAUUAAUCCGGCAGCACAACCAGCGCCUUAUUCAAUUAGGGUUACAACUGGGUCUAACAAGAAACUUACUGCUACUAAUGUUAUUCCUGUGGGAUGGCAACCUGGACGCACUUACCGGUCUAAUGUCAAUUUUUAAUUAUUGAAUGUAAACUCGAUAAAAUAAAUCUACAUUCAAGUUAGAUUAAUAAUAUUAAUGAACGAGAAAAAUAAAAAUUAUUUUAAAGUUUGUAUUAGUGACUGUCACCAAAUAUGAUCUUGAAUGUUCUCCUUUAGGAAUUUAAUAAACUUUAGAUUAUUUUUGCGUACCGUACUUUUUUUUCCUUUCUUGUUAUCACUCGUUAAGACGCAGAG